AUGCAACCUCUCCACCCCACCGCCACAUGGCUAACCACUAACGCCUCCGGUAUCCUGGAUUGGGCGACUGCAGGACAUCGAACGGAUCGGAAUAACUAUUGUGUGGUGGGAAACCGCGACGAAAAAAUCAUUCAUGUCGCCUACCAUAUAGAUUUGGGACAGCAAUCCCAGAAAUUGGAGCAAGUGGAGCAUUUAUCGGUGGCUGGGAAUAAUCCACAAAACAGAUGUGUUAAUCAGAACUCUAGAAUUGUGUACUGCUAUCCAUCGUGUGCAAAUACCACGUUGCAAGGAUUGGUGAUCGACUCUGCUAUAAAAUCCAACGAAGCGACAACUGUUGCAUUGGAUAUUCAGAAAUCUACACACUUGGAUUGGGCGAUUACUGUGAUGCAGGUAGACUACAACGACCCGCACACCCGUAUCAACGCAAGUGUCUUCGUCGGUCCAAACUCGUGGUGCAGUGUCUAUAUUGGAGUUAAGCCGAAGCUGGGAUUUGACUGGUUGUAUGAGAUUCAGUUGGCAAAGAUUUUACCAUAA